AUGAACCUCAUCGAUGAGAUCAGCAUUGUUCAAGAGUAUAAAGUAGAAGUGUGUGCAACGUGAGUCAACACUACUGCCGUUUUGCAAUGCACUGUAGUUACAAGACAAUGUGCAACUCCACUAAAUGUCACUGUCCAAUUAUGCUCAUGCUGACUUAGAUUCAAAUAUUUUUUUCAGUAUUUCCAUUACUUUCACAACAUUUGAAAGUAAGUAUCUGGAUAUUUUUUCUUAGAAAACACAAGUAGUUGAAUAUUGGAAUGCACAGUGCAUUCAGAAAGUAAUCCGACCCCUUGAUUUUUCCACAUUUUGAUACAUUACAGCCUUAUUCUAAAAUGGAUUAAAUAGUUUUUUCCCCCUCCUAUAUCUACACACAAUACCUCAUAAUGACAAUGACAAAGCAAAAACAGGUUAUUAGACUUUUUUUUGACAGAACUGAAAUAUCACAAUUACAUAACUAUUCAGACCCUUUACUCAGUACUUUGCUUUAGCACCUUUGGCAGCGAUUACAGUCUUGAGUCUUCUCGGGUAUGACGCUACAAGUUUCUCCCAUUCUUCUCUGCAGAUCCUCUCAAGCUCUGUCAGGUUGGAUGGGGAGCGUCGCCGCACAGCUAUUUUAAGGUCUCUCCAGAGAUGUUCGAUCGGGUUCAAGUACGGGCUCUGGCUGGGCCACUGAAGGACAUUUAGAGGCUUGUCCUGAAGCCACUCCUGCGUUGUCUUAGCUGUGUGCUUAGGGUCGUUGUCCUGUUGGAAGGUAAACCUUCGCCCCAGUCUGAGGUCCUGAGCACUCUGGAGCAGGACUUCAUCAAGAGUCUCUCUAUACUUUCCUCUGUUCGUCUUUCCCUCGAUCCUGACUAGUCUCCCAGUCCCUGCCGCUGAAAAACAUCGCAACAGCAUGAUGCUGCCACCACCAUGCUUCACCGUAGGGAUGGUGCCAGGUUUCCUCCAGACGUGACGCUUGGCAUUAAGACCAAAGAGUUGAAUCUCUUGGUUUCAUCAGAACAGAGAAUCUUGUUUCUCAUGAACUGAAAGUCCUUUAGGUGCCUUUUGGCAAACUCCAAGCGGGCUGUCAUGUGCCUUAAACUGAGGAAUAGCUUCCGUCUGGCCGCUACUUAAAGGCUUGAUUGGCGGAGGGCUGCAGAGAUGGUUGUCCUUCUGGAAGGUUCUCCCAUCUCCACAGAGGAACUCUGGAGCUCUGUCAGAGUGACCAUUGGGUUCUUGGUCACCUCCCUGACCAAGGCCCUUCUCCCCCGAUUGCUCAGUUUGGCCGGGCGGCCAGCUCUAGGGAGAGUCUUGGUGGUUCCUAACUUCUUCCAUUUAAGAAUGAUGGAGGCCACUGUGUUCUUGGGGACCUUCAAUGCUGCAGAAAUGAUUUGGUACCCUUCCCCAGGUCUGUGCCUCGAAACAAUCCUGUCUUGGAGCUCUACGGACAAUUCCUUCAACCUCAUGGCUUGGUUUUUGCUCUGACAUGCACUGUCAACUGUUGGACCUUAUAUAGACAGGUGUAUGCCUUUCCAACUCAUGUCCAAUCAAUUUACCACAGGUGGACUCCAAUCAAGUUGUAUAAACAUCUCAAGGGUGAUCAAUGGAAGCAGGAUGCACCUGAGCUCAAUUUCGAGUCUCAUAGUAAAAGGUCUGAAUACUUAUGUACAUUUGAUAAUUUGCAAAUAUUUCUAAAAACCUGUUUUUGCUUUGUCAUCAUGGGGUAUUGUGUGUAGAUUGAUGGGAAAUAUAUUGUUGCAAUUUUAGAAUAAGGCUGUACUAUAACACAUUUGUGGAAAAAGGGAAGGGGUCUGAAUACUUUCCGAAUGCACUGUAUUUGGAAAUAUACUUGGAAAGUAUUAGCAUGUAUUUUAAAAUAAUAAUAUUUGUAUUUUCUAAUAAAUAUUUUAAUACUUCAUUUGCAACCAGGUCUGUUUGGUCCUAGGGAUAUUUGAAAUAAUGUAUUUGGAAACAAGUAUUUUAAAAUAGUUUCAAAUAGAAGUAGUUAAUUUGCCCAUAUUAUUUGAAAAUACUAAAAUACACAGACAAUUUGUAUUUAAAUACAAAUACUUAAAUAUGCAUUUAUUUGAACCCAGGUCUUUGCUAAUGACAAAUUGUCAUGGCUGUCGGUGAGAUGUGGUUGAAGAAGUCAGGCGCAGGACACAGAACUCUCGGACACGUACUUUAAUCCGAUACUGAACAAUAGAACACAGAAAUAACUCCACGCAGGGAGGAAAUAACCCGCUCACUAAUGACAUACGUGAAGGGAAAACAAUCACACACAAUGUCCCGAUGAGAGACAGGGGUAAUAUAAGGGCAACAAUCAAACAUAAUGACGAACAGGUGUAAACAAUACAGACAAAACUAAACAGACACCGAUAACAUCGAACGGCAGUAGCUAGUACUCCGGGGACGACGAACGCCGAAGCCUGCCCGAGCAAGGAGGAAGAGCAGCCUCGGCAGAAUCCGUGACAGUACCCCCCCCCCCCCCCCCCCCCCCCCACCCUUGAAGCGCGGCUCCAGCCAUGCGCCGACCCCGGCCUCGGGGACGGCCAGGAGGACGCGGAGCAGGGCGAGUCGGAUACUCCGGUGGAACUCUGUCAACAGGGAGGGAUCUAGGAUGUCCCUCCUAGGGACCCAGCACCGUUCCUCCGGACCGUACCCCUCCCACUCCACGAGAUACUGCAGACCCCCCAUCCGACGCCUCGAAUCCACGGUGGAACGGACUGAGUACACCGGAGCCCCUUCGAUGUCUAGUGGGGGCGGAGGGGCCUCUCGUACCUCAUUCUCCUGGAGUGGACCAGCUACCACCGGCCUGAGGAGAGACACAUGGAACGAGGGGUUAAAGCGAUAAUUAAUAGGCAGCUUUAACCUAUAACAUACCUCGUUCAAUCUCCUCAGGACUUUAAAUGGCCCCACAAACCGCCGGCCCAGCUUCCGGCAGGGCAGAUGAAGGGGCAGGUUUCUGGUCGAGAGCCAGACCCGAUCUCCCGGUGCAUAAACCGGACCCUCACUGCGGUGGCGAUCGGUGCUCGCCUUUUGCCGUCUGAUGGCCCGCUGCAGAUGGACGUGCGCAGCGUUCCAUGUCUCCUCCGAGCGCCGAAACCAUUCAUCCACCGCAGGAUCCUCGAUCUGGCUCCGAUGCCAGGGUGCCAGAACCGGCUGAUAGCCCAACACACACUGGAAAGGAGUAAGAUUAGUGGAGGAGUGGCGGAGUGAGUUUUGGGCUAUCUCUGCCCAGGGAAUAUACCCCGACCACUCCUCCUGCCGGUCCUGGCAGUAGGACCUCAGAAACCUACCCACAUCUUGGUUUACUCUCUCCACCUGCCCAUUACUCUCAGGGUGAAAACCCGAGGUAAGGCUGAUCGAGACCCCCAAACGUUCCAUAAAAGCCCUCCACACUCUAGAGGUGAACUGGGGACCCCGAUUAGACACUAUAUCCUCAGGCACCCCAUAGUGCCGGAAAACGUGAGUAAACAGGGCUUCGGCCGUUUGUAGGGCUGUAGGAAGACCUGGCAUAGGGAUGAGAUGGCAGGCCUUAGAAAACCGAUCCACAACGACCAUAAGAUUGUGGUAUUCCCCUGGGAGGGGGGAAGGUCCGUGACAAAAUCCACCGACAGGUGAGACCACGGCCGUUGUGGAACGGGGAGAGGUUGUAACUUCCCUCUGGGCAGGUGUCUAGGCGCCUUACACUGGGCGCACACAGAGCAGAAAGAAACGUAAACCCUCAUGUCCCUGGCUAAGGUGGGCCAUCAGUACUUCCCGCUAAGACAGUGCACCGUCCGACCAAUACCAGGAUGACCAGAGGAGGGUGACGUGUGAGCCCAAUAAAUCAGUCGGUCACGGACCUCGAGCGGCACGUACCUCCGUCCCUCUGGACACUCUGGGGGAGUAGGGUCGGUACGUAACGCCCGCUCGAUUUCCGUGUCGACCUCCCACACUACCGGUGCCACUAGACAAGACUCCGGUAGUAUGGGAGUGGGCUCAAUGGACCUCUCCUCUGUGUCAUAUCGUCGGGACAGGGCGUCUGCCUUAACGUUCUGUGACCCUGGGAUAUACGUGAUCUUAAAUACAAACCGGGCAUGAAACAUGGCCCACCUAGCCUGACGAGGGUUCAGUCUCUUCGCUGCCCGGAUGUACUCCAGGUUACGAUGGUCAGUCAGAAUGAGAAAAGGGUGGUUAGCCCCCUCAAGCCAAUGUCUCCACACCUUCAGGGCUUGGACCACAGCUAGCAGCUCCCUGUCCCCCACGUCAUAAUUGCGUUCCGCUGGACUGAGCUUCUUGGAAUAGAAAGCACAGGGGCGGAGUUUUGGAGGCGUGCCCGAGCGCUGAGACAGUAUAGCACCGAUCCCCGCCUCGGACGCAUCCACCUCGACUUGGAACGCCAAAGAGGGAUCCGGAUGUGCCAGCACCGGAGCUGAGGUGAACAGGUCCUUCAAUUGACUAAACGCCCUGUCCGCCUCAGCCGACCACUGCAAACGCACCGGGCCCCCCUUUAGCAGGGAGGUAAUGGGGGCUGCUACCUGUCCAAAACCCCGGAUAAACCUCCGGUAGUAAUUGGCAAAACCCAAAAAACGCUGCACCUCCUUUACUGUAGUUGGAGUCUGCCAAUUACGCACGGCUGAAACGCAGUCAAUUUUUUUGGCCCACUCCUCCAUACAGACCUUCUCCAGAUCCUUCAGGUUUCGGGGCUGUCGCUGGGCAAUAAGGACUUUCAGCUGCCUCCAAAGAUUUUCUAUUGGGUUCAGGUCUGGAGACUGGCUAGGCCACUCCAGGACCUUGAGAUGCUUCUUACAGAGUCACUCCUUAGUUGCCCUGGCUGUGUGUUUCGGGUCGUUGUCAUGCUGGAAGACCCAGCCACGACCCAUCUUCAAUGCUCUUACUGAGGGAAGGAGGUUGUUGGCCAAGAUAUCGCGAUACAUGGCCCCUUCCAUCCUCCCCUCAAUACGGUGCAGUCAUCCUGUCCCCUUUGCAGAAAAGCAUCCCCAAAUAAGGAUUUUUCCACCUCCAUGCUUCAUGUUGGGAUGGUGUUCUUGGGGUUGUACUCAUCCUUCUUCUUCCUCCAAACACGGCGAGUGGAAUUUAGACCAAAAAGCUCUAUUUUUGUCUCAUCAGACCACAUGACCUUCUCCCAUUCCUCCUCUGGAUCAUCCAGAUGGUCAUUGGAAAACUUCAGACGGGCCUGGACAUGCGCUGGCUUGAGCAGGGGGACCUUGCGUGCGCUGCAGGAUUUUAAUCCAUGACGGCGUAGUGUGUUACUAAUGGUUUUCUUUGAGACUGUGGUCCCAGCUCUCUUCAGGUCAUUGACCAGGUCCUGCCGUGUAGUUCUGGGCUGAUCCCUCACCUUCCUCAUGAUCAUUGAUGCCCCACGAGGUGAGAUCUUGCAUGGAGCCCCAGACCGAGGGUGAUUGACCGUCAUCUUGAACUUCCAUUUUCUAAUAAUUGCGCCAACAGUUGUUGCCUUCUCACCAAGCUGCUUGCCUAUUGUCCUGUAGCCCAUCCCAGCCUUGUGCAGGUCUACAAUUUUAACCCUGAUGUCCUUACACAGCGCUCUGGUCUUGGCCAUUGUGGAGAGGUUGGAGUCUGUUUGAUUGAGUGUGUGGACAGGUGUCUUUUAUACAGGUAACGAGUUCAAACAGGUGCAGUUAAUACAGGUAAUGAGUGGAGAACAGGAGGGCUUCUUAAAGAAAAACUAACAGGUUUGUGAGAGCCGGAUCUCUUACUGGUUGGUAGGUGAUCAAAUACUUAUGUCAUGCAAUAAAAUGCAAAUUAAUUACUUAAAAAUCAUACAAUGUGAUUUUCUGGAUUUUUGUUUUAGAUUCCGUCUCUCACAGUUGAAGUGUACCUUUGAUAAACAUUACAGACCUCUACAUGCUUUGUAAGUAGGAAAACCUGCAAAAUGAGCCUUUAUAAUAUCUCUUAUGAGGCUGAUAAUAUACUUUCCCUCUAAGUAGGAAAUGUAUGAUGUUCUAUGUUUUUGACGUGUCUUAUUAUGAAGUAAAAUCAGAUACACGUAUGGAUAGCCUGUACCUGGUAAAGCAGAGGUAGAGCUGUGCCGACCCUUUGGCCACAAUGUAUUGAUACCAAUAAGAAUUGAUGAGAAAUCAACAAGGAGGUAUAAUAAGUAAUAUGGUGAAACUUCUACCUAGCCUAUCAGAGGACAAGGUGGAGAUGUUAGUUACCAUAUUUACACCUCUCAAAUCCGCUCAGGUCUCCACAAGUAUAUAUGGCAUAGGGUCUAAGGGUCGAUUUGGGAUUGGGCCUUCAGUUUAACUCUCUCUUCCCUCUGUUGCUUUCCAGGUAAGCAAAACACCACAAGUGGAGAACACUAGACACAGGCUCCCCUAUUUCAACAGAGGGCAACACAUACUCUCACUGAUCCAACCCCACUGCCCCUCACAGUAAAACAUCCAGCUCUCUGGCUAUUCAGAAGAUGGAGAAACCACUGGCAUGUUGGGAGGAAGUGUCAAUCACCAUACUGUACGCCAUCACAGGGGAGACCGUCCCAAAGGGCUCCGUGGAUGUCAUCUACCUGGUGAGUAGAACCAGGAGCAAUUUGUGACAACCUGCGGGUGCGUCCAAAAUGGAACCCUAUUCUCUAGUGCACUACUUUUGAGCAUGGUCAUUUCAGACAUAGUCCCAGCCUCAUCUUCAAAGGAAGAAUGUCUCUAUACAACACCAAUACUCCUCAUCAUCUCCUUCUUGCUGUCUUGAUGGGAUAACUGUUUUUCCCUCCUCCAGGCCUUAUCCAGAGGGGCGAUAGUUCAGCAUGGACAUAUGAAGGUUACCGUGUCUGUGUGUUAUACCCUCUGA